AUGCCAUCACAUUUUGUGUUGCUAGGGCUGCUUAUUGCAAGUUGUAAUUUCGUUGCCUUGGCUUCUGAUCCAAGUCCUCUCCAAGAUUUAUGUGUUGCUGAUACUAGCCGCGCGGUCUUGAUGAAUGGUUUCCCAUGCAAAAACCCUAAUUCGGUUCAAGCAAAAGACUUCUCCUUUAGUGGGCUCCACCUCUCGGGAAAUGCCUCGAAUCCCUUGGGAUCAAAAGUCACCCCCGUGACGGUUCUCCAGAUUCCGGGGCUAAACACCCUCGGAAUCUCAAUAGCCCGACUAGACUUUUUGCCAGGUGGGGUCAACCCGCCCCACACCCAUCCUCGUGCAACGGAAAUUUUCACAGUUAUUCAAGGCACAUUUGAGGUCGGGUUUGUGACCUCCAAUCCUGAAAAUAACCUUAUGACCAAAGUACUAAACGAAGGCGAUGUUUUUGUGUUUCCGGAGGGACUUGUCCAUUUCCAACGCAACAAGGGAACCGGUAACGCUAUCGCCAUUGCAGGGCUGAGUAGCCAGAGCCCCGGUGUUAUUACGGUUGCGAAUUCGAUAUUUGGAUCCAACCCUAAGAUUCCUAAUGAUCUUCUUGCCAAGGCUUUCCAAGUUGAUACUAAGACAGUUGAUUCGAUCAUGUCCAAAUUCUAG